AUGGCUCUUUGUAAGUUGGCCGCUCAAACCUCGCUUCUUUGUCACUUCCCUACACCACGGGCUCGCCAAACCACUGAACGCAAACAGGCCUGGAAGCCGCCCCGGACCAUGUGGAGAGUCGAGUUUUCAAGGCCCCGAUACUAUAGAAAGAAUGCCAUGCGGGCCUCGACAGAUGUGGACCUGCGGAAUCUCAGCGAUGCCAACAAGCGGGAGCUCCAAUCGUGCGUUUCUGCUCACGUUGCCGGACAGCACUGCGACCACAACGACGGACCCUGCGCCGUUACGUUCCUCACCGGCUCCCUACUUUGGGCGCUCCACUACGCACAUUGGCUUUUGAGCCAUGAGUACAAAGACGUCAGGUUGAUGCUGGUUGACUCAAGGAAUAUCCCGGUGGAAAAGAUUUACCCAGCCUUAAGCCUGGCUGCAUUCCUGGAUGUCAAACCCCUGGAUGGAGUAUGGCAAAACCACUCCUACCAGGAAUACUUUGUGCUUGGCGAUGCAGCUGGCAUUGCCAUCUCGAAGAUCGUUGGAAUAAAUCCUCUCCGCAGCAUCUAA